AUGAAACAUUUUCCAGUGCAGCAUCAGACCCUACAGGACCUGGCAAGAUCUCCUAUAUUUCAGAGCGAAAACCAAGGCGACAGCAUGGUCGUUCAAUCUGCCCCAGUCGGGCCAGUCCUCGUCAUUGGCGGCGGCAUCGUUGGUGCCUCAAUAGCCUGGCAUUUGGCCAAGGAGAAGGAUGUCAUUAUCAUCGCAGAAACACUUGGCGGCGUGGUGACUCCGAAAUCAUUUUCCUGGCUCAAUGCAGCUGGUGCAACGCAGAAAUAUUAUUAUGAUUUCCGACGCCGCUCCAUCGCACGCUGGGCUGAAAUUCACAACGAGCUGCCCGGCCUCCCGAUCUCCUGGGGCGGGACCUUGACUUGCGACAGAACCCCAGACGAGCGUGCAAAAUUCCAGGAACGUCAAUGUACCUGGGGUACAACCAUCAGGCGCCUGAGCCAAACCAGCCUUGCUGCCCUCGAGCCUGAAAUUGACGAUGCCCAAUUCUCGUCGGUGGAAUGGGGCCUUCAUGUUCCCGAAGAGGGUACCAUCGAAGCACACGUGGCUGCAGCUCAACUCAUCGCUCACGCCGAAUCGCUGGGUGCUAAAGUGCUCAAGACAAGUGUCACCGGAUUCUUGAGGCAUGAGAACCGCCGAAUUUCAGGUGUGGUGACAGGUUGUGGGGAGGUUCGUGGUAGUCACGUCGUUCUAGCUGCUGGUCUUGGAAGCGUUCCAUUAUUGGCACUAGAGAAUAUCAAGCUCCCUAUGUACAGCAGAGAGGGCCUCCUUGUCAAUACCACGCCGACUCAGAAACGAUACCUGAACACUUUGGUCCGUUUACCAGACCUGCACAUGCGCCAGACACUCGAUGGCCGCAUUCGGUUCGGUGCUACCUUUGCUGGUGGAAAACCCGGUGAUGAUCCGCAAGCGACCGCAGAGGAGCUUUUCAAACGGGUGCAAAAGGCCUUCAAGAGGGGAAGUGAGCUCGAGUUUGACAACUACACUAUUGGUGUACGGCCUGAUCCGCAGGAUGGGUAUCCCAUCCUCGGGUCAACGGGCUUGGAUGGGCUGGAUGUGGCUGUGAUGCACUCUGGUGUCACAAAUGCUGCGCUUGUUGGCGAGCUCCUCUCCAAGAAGAUUCUACACGGCAUCGAAGAUCCAAUGCUCGAUCACUUUCGGCUAGCUCGGUUUAGAACGAGUUACACAAGGCUCUAG